AUCAAAGAUCUGAGCUCAGGGUUUGUUUACAAGUUGUGGCAUCUCUGGAAAAUUUUUGCCCGCAAAAAUCGAGAUUGUUGAUAAAUGCGCUGUGGAGAGAAACAAGAAUUGUUGAUUGGACAGAUAUUCAUGUGUACACCAAAAUAUGGAGGAUGAUGAUGAUCACGUGCUGCGUACUCCAGAGAAACAAGAUGUGGGGCCAGGUCUUGCAUUCAUGCCAUUUAUUGUCAUGGAAGAUCUUCAUGACAAACUGAAGCUACUCAAUUAUGAUACUGAAUUUAUCCAGACACUAAAGAUGAAGCCUCUGAGCAGGCACUACUUUGCAAUUAAGACGAACCCUGGUGAACAGUUUUAUCUCUUCACUUCUCUGGCAGCGUGGCUUAUACGCAAAAUGGGUAAAAUAUUUGAACAGCCACAGGAAUAUGAUGAUCCAAACUCUACAAUAUCUGGCAUUCUGGAUGUGCUUCGAGAGACUGGAACACCUGUUACUUUUCCGCCAAACAAGCUGAAGCAGGGCUAUGGUGAAUAUGCCAUAUUUGUUCUGGACCAUCUGGUUGAUGCAGCACUGAAGUAUGCGAGCUUUAGUUGGAAAAAACCACAGCCAGCAGUUGAGGUAGAGGCUGAGGAGGAGAUAGAGCAACUGCAGGAAAACUUCGAAGAAGAAGAACUGACAGCCGAGUAUACAGAUGAGGAAGACGAUGACGAAGAAAAUAUGCUGCAUGUUGAUGACCUCCAUAAACUGAGCUUCAGCAAUGCUACAUCUGAACCACAGAAACCUGAAGAGGUACUGGUCUCUGACAUGGAUGUUGAAAAAUGGAAACUGGAAGUGGAAAGAGUCCUUCCCCAAUUGAAAGUCACAAUCAAACCAGAUGCAAGUGACUGGCGGUCCCGAUUGGAACAGAUGCGAAAACAUCGUACAGGAAUGGAGGAUGCUCUCACAAGUGCGCAGACACAGCUGAGUCGUCUGCAUACUGAUGUGGAACACACGCUGGACAAAGUGGCAAGCCGUGAGCGCUAUUUGAAUGCUCAGCUUGAGCCUCUGCUUGUUCAGUAUCGUGCUCUUAAGGAUGAGCAUUCUCGUUUGAGCACGUCCUAUCGUGAAAUGAGUGCCAGGGUUGCAGAGCGUACUAAAAUAUUAUCUCAGCUUUCGGAAGAACUUGAUGCUGUGAAACGGGAAAUGGAAGAACGAAGUUCCAGCAUGACAGAUGGCACACCAUUGGUGAACAUAAAAAAGGCCAUUACCAAGGUUAAGAGUGAAAUAACAUCAAUGGAUGUGCGAAUUGGAGUCUUGGAGAAUAGCUUGCUACAAGCCAGACUGCGGGACAAGAGCCAGCUGCAACAAGACAUGAAUACACCUGCCUAGUACACUGUGGUAAAGUUGUACCAGCAGAUUAAGUGGUGCAUUUUCAAACUGCACAAGUAAAAAGUUUUCCAAGAUAUUCGAAAUUCUUGAUACAACGUGAGUGGUCACUUCUUGUGAUAUGGGAAUCUGAAAUCUAUUUACUUGGAAUUAUUGAAAUAUUUUACUGCUGUAUAUA